AUGGCGGGGGCGCGGAGGUGGUUCGACGCGACGCCCAUGGGCAUGCGGACCGUCGUCACGUGGACCGUGCUCGUGCACGGCUAUGUGGCCGCCGGGGACAUGGAGACCGCGAGGGAGCUGUUCUACGCCAUGCCCGCGAGGAACGUGUUCGUGUGGUCGUCGAUGGUCACGGGGUACUUCAAGGCCGGCGAUGCCGACGAGGCGCGGGCGAUGUUCGACAGGGUUCCGGUGCGGAACCUGGUGAGCUGGAACGCGCUGAUUGCCGGGUACGCGCAAAUCGGGCGCUCCGAGGAGGCGUUGCAUGCCUUUCACUCGAUGUUGGAGGACAGGGUCAAGCCGGACGAGUUCACCAUGGCCAGCGUGCUGUCUGCCUGCGCGCAGCUCGGGUCGCUAAAGCAAGGGAGGAAGGUUCAUGAGUUCAUGGAGCGGACGCGUAUACGGAAGAACCACUUCGUUUUGAAUGGCCUGGUUGAUAUGUACGCCAAGUGCGGCGACCUCGAGUACGCCCGCAAGGUGUUCGACAGCAUCCAACGGAGGAAUACCGAAUGCUGGAACUCGAUGAUCUCCGCGCUCGCAAGCCAUGGACGGAGCGAAGAGGCGAUACAGCUGUUUUCCCAGAUGGAGUGCUCGGAGCAGAAGCCCAAUGGGGUCACACUCCUCGCCGUGCUUGGAGCUUGUACCCACGGAGGGUUUGUGGAAGAAGGCCUAAGGGUUUUCAACAGUUUCGGCGCGUAUGGAGUCGCUGCCGGAGUGGAGCAUUACGGUUGCCUGGUCGAUCUCCUGGGCCGUGCAGGAAGACUCGAGGAAGCUCAUGCGAUUGUCAAGAGCAUGGCGAUGGAGCCUAACGAGGUCAUCUGGGGCGCUCUUCUCGGAGCUUGCAGGGUGCAUGACAAUGCAGAGAUGUCUGAACGGGUGUCAGAUGAGAUCAACCAGUUGCGCUCUGAUGGUGCAUCAACUAAUGACGCGGAGUACAUCAUGCUGUCAAAUAUCUUGGCCGCGUCCGAGAGGUGGGAGCAGGCAGAGCGCGUCAGGAGAAAGAUGGCGAACCAUGGGGUUGAGAAGACUCCCGGGUGCAGUUCAGUUGAGCUUGACAUUCCUGAACACAAAGUGCGUUGCAGAUAG